AUGAAGGCAGCUACAGUCCUUGUCUUGGUCCUACUGAUGAUUACAUACUCUGCUGCUGCAGCUCCGGCGAGGAAGUUGGCAGGAGAUGACGGGCAGCAGACAGGCGAAAUGGUGACGAAGACGGAGGUGAACGUACUAAACGGGAGGACAGGUUCUGGCGACGGUGAGCAUAACUGCCGAAUGAGCUGGUUCGUCCCCGCUUCUUGCAAACCAGGUCCGUAA